AUGAAAGUUGGUCACGUCACUGAGCGUGUGAAUGAUGGCGGUUUAGCAUCGAAUCUGGACUCUGAAGAAUUAGAUCAGCGUGGAAUUAAUUUAGGUGCAACAGGCCGUUUAGCUUUGAUGGCUAAAUUAGCAGAUGGUAGUGGAUUACAAAUGCCUCAAUAUGCAUUAAAUGCAUUAAAUAUGGCACAACAAGCUGGCAGCCAAGCCAUGUCAUCGGCUUUACAAUCACCAACGGCUGGCUCCUCUUCUGUGGCAUCAGUGGGCACCCAAUGUUUUAUGUUAACAAAUAUGUUUGAUCCCAUUAAAGAAACAAAAUUAAACUGGACAGACGAAAUUCGAGAUGAAGUUAUUGAAGAAUGUAAUAAGUUUGGUGGAUGUGUGCAUUUAUUUGUUGAUCAGAAAAAUCCGAAUGGAAAUGUUUACAUUAAAACGCCAACUAUCGCAAGUGCAAUUAGUGCGGUAAACUCAUUACAUGGAAGAUUUUUUAGUGGAAGAGUUAUAAAUGCAUCAUAUAUUCCAAUCCAAAGUUAUCAUCAGUUAUUUCCAGAAGCAGUUAAUGCACAGUUAUUAUUAGUGCCCACAUCGUUAAGAUAA